CACAGACAUCAUCCUUUCUUCCUGUUUUCAGUACGUCAAAACUUUUUACACCACUGAGUUCCCACUGAACUCUUUGCACAAAACUACCUAGUUUUCCCAAAGUCCAGUCAGCAAAGGAUGGAGGUCAGCGAAUUCAAUCUGCUCUACAAGGGUUUCCUGCUCCCUAAGCUCGCACACACAGAGGAAAGUCUGCAAUAUCUCGAGAAUUUCAAAGUCAAAGAUGAUGAUGUCUUUGCUGUUACCUAUCCAAAAUCUGGUACCACAUGGAUGCAAAAUAUUCUCCCUCCGCUUCUGAAUGGAGGAGACCUGACACCUGUGCAGACUGUCCCAAACUGGGAUAGGGCCCCAUGGCUGGAGGAGAUACGAGCUGCGGUGGUGCUCGAAGAACGCCCUUCACCGCGAGCCAUAGUCUCUCACAUGCCUUACCGCUUGAUGCCUUCCUCUUUCUACAAAUCCAAGGCCAAGGUCAUCUAUGUUGCACGGAAUCCUAAAGAUGUUAUAGUCUCUUCUUACCACUUUCACAAAAUGGCCAGUUUCCUUGAAGACCCCGGAACAUUUGAUGACUUCGUUAACAAAUUCCUGUCAGGAGAAAUUGUUUUUGGUAAAUGGUCUGACCACAUCAAAAGCUGGCGAAACCCAGAGCUCAAAGACAGAAUUCUGUACGUCACCUAUGAAGAAAUGCUUCAGGACCUUCGUGGAGUCUUGUGCCGGAUGUUAAAAUUUCUGGGCCGGGAGCUCAGCACAGAAGCUUUGGAUCGUGUCGUCAGUAACAGCACUUUUAAAAACAUGAAGACGAACAAAAUGUCUAACUACACUAUGGUGCCACAAGAAAUUAUGGACAACAACAAGUCAGCCUUCCUGAGGAAAGGUGUUGCUGGAGACUGGAAGAAUUUCUUCAGCCCGGAGCUUGAUGCCAAGUUCACAGCUGUAAUUCGGGAGGAAAUGAAAGGAACUAACAUCAAAUUCCCCUGGGAUGAGGAAUAAUAAGCGAGUCUCUUGCAGUGACAUCAAAAUAAACAGCGGAUUUCUUGGGAGAAAAAUCAACGUAGAGUUUCCUCUUCAUCUAUCUAUAUUUAUUCUGGGCUCAAAUGUGAAAGGUUUUUAUGAAGGCAUAUGCUGAUUAUUGGUUAUGGUUGAGUUCUUUAGUCUGUCCUACAGUACUAAUACUGAUGUUAUUGCUGUUUUGCUCAUUUUAUUUCCCCUUCAAAAGCUAAAUGUGAAGUUUAAGCUUGCAAAAAAUACGUAUACAUUAUAAAAAAUAUUAUAAUUGAGUCAAUAAAAAUAUAAAAAAUAUUUUAAUUGAGUCAAUAAAAUUAUAAAAAAUAUUAUAAUUGAGUCAAUAAAAAUAUAAGAAUGUUAUAAUUGAGUCAAUAAAAAUAUAAAAAAUAUUAUAAUUGAGUCAAUAAAAAUAUAAAAAUAUUAUAAUUGAGUCAAUAAAAAUAUAAAAAUAUUAUAAUUGAGUCAAUAAAAAUAUAAAAAAUAUUAUAAUUGAGUCAAUAAAAAUAUAAAAUGUUAUAAUUGAGUCAAUAAAAAUAUAAAAUGUUAUAAUUGAGUCAAUAAAAAUAUAAAAUGUUAAAAUUGAGUCAAUAAAAAUAUAAAAUAUUAUAAUUGAGUCAAUAAAAAUAUAAAAUGUUAUAAUUGAGUCAAUAAAAAUAUAAAAUGUUAUAAUUGUGUCAAUAAAAAUAUAAAAUGUUAUAAUUGAGUCAAUAAAAAUAUAAAAUGUUAUAAUUGAGUCAAUAAAAAUAUAAAAUGUUAAAAUUGAGUCAAUAAAAAUAUAAAAUGUUAUAAUUGAGUCGUAUUUUGAGUUAUUUAAAUAGCAGCUCAUUACCGCAGAGGUCUGCAGAAGAGUAGAUUGGAUUACUGCUUCUAUAUGUACUGCUAAUGUCAGUUUCAUUAAUAGUUUUAUGCCAGAAUACAUUUGCAGCCAUAGAAAUUAUAAUUGGAAACACUCAGAUCAGUUUCAUUCAGCAUUCAAAUGAAGGCGUUUGCACUGAAACUGUGUCUGAGCUCAUUGUUGUCCAUUUUUAUUGUUGCCAUGAAGUCAAACGUAGAGUUUAAAGCUUAGAGGUGAAAUUAAAAUGCUAUUGCAAAGCAUAAAAACGAAUGCAUAAUAUCAUCUUUUCGACUUUGUUGAGUGUGUAGUACUAUACUACUAUAUCUUCUAGUGCAUAUGAGGUGUGUACACUUUAUUUCUAUUGGGUAAAAUUUGGGGGCCAACUUUAUAUGAAGUGUCCUUAGCUACUAUGUACUUCAAAAUGUGAAUACAGUGUACUUAAUGUGUUCAGAACACUUUAGCUGGGAUACAGGUAGGGGGCAGGUUUGGUGGUAUGGGUAGGUUUAAGGGUGAGUUAAAGUGUAAGGGAUGGUCAAGAGUGUAAUAGUAAGUAAAUACAGAAAUUAUUAUGUAUUUACAUGCAAGUAUUAAAUCAAGCAUAAGUACAAUGUAAAAGCAUGUAUUUACACAAUAAGUACAUUGUAAUGAAUUAUUUAUUCCAAUGCAAGUACGUGUUUGUUAGGGACACUUAAUUAAAGUGGGACCAAAUAUGGAUAAGCCUAAAUAUUGGGUAAAAUGUGGUCCAAUAAAUGUAAUAUGUUCAUAUCUUACCCAAAACUGGGCUCAAACAACUUUUUUGUGUGUGUGUGUGUGUGUGUGUGUGUGUCAAACAACAGCGUUUUAAGUGUAUUAAACGCUAACCUUUUGUAACAUUUUAAAUCUGAUCAAAUGAAUGUAUGGUUGCUUAAUAAAGGCGUUCACGUGUUUCAUGCUUUC